AUGUCCAAGAACAUCCCCCAAGGCCUGCAGCAGGCACUCGACAACACCAAGGUCGAAUACCGUCAGCUCGGCAAAUCUGGCCUGCGCAUCUCCAACCCCAUCUUUGGAUGUAUGAGCUUUGGCGACCGUCGAACGCUCGAAUGGGUCAUUGAAGAGGAUGAGGCACUGCCUCUUCUCAAGGCUGCCUACGACCGUGGCCUGAACACAUGGGACACGGCCAAUGUGUACUCCAACGGUGUCUCUGAAGAGAUCGUCGGCAAGGCCAUCAAGAAGUACAACAUUCCUCGCGAGAAGGUGGUUGUCAUGACCAAGUGUCACUGGGGUGUUGGCGAGGAGCCCGAAACCCGUCACUUUGCCCUCCGGGGUGCCUUUGAGGCCUGCAAGGAGUAUCAGAACAACUUUGGUCUCUCGCGCGCCGCCAUCUUCAACCAGGUCGAGGCCUCGCUCCGCCGCCUGGACACGCCGUACAUUGAUCUCUUGCAGAUCCACCGCUUCGACAAGUCGACGUCCCCCGAGGAGACCAUGAAGGCGCUCCACGACCUCGUCCAGUCCGGCAAGGUGCGCUACAUUGGCGCCUCGAGCAUGUGGGCCACUCAGUUUGCGCGCCUGCAGUUUGUCGCCGAGAAGAACGGCUGGACACAGUUCAUCAGCAUGCAGAACCACUACAAUCUCCUGUACCGCGAGGAGGAGCGCGAGAUGAACCGCUUCUGCAACGACACGGGCGUCGGCCUGAUCCCCUGGGCCCCGCUGUGCCGAGGCCAUCUCGCCCGCAAGCCAGAGGACUUUCGCAGCACCCAGCGCAGCGCCAAGGAGGAGACGGGCAAGGCGGGCCAGUCUGCGCUCGAUCAGAAGAUCAUUGCGCGUGUCGUGGAGAUUGCCGAGAAGAGGAACUGGCCGAUGGCGCACGUCGCGCUGGCGUGGAUCAACAGUCGCGUGUCGGCGCCCAUUAUUGGGUUCAAUAGUGUGGACAGGAUAGAGCAGGCCAUCACCGCCAAGGGCAAGACUCUGACGCCCGAGGAGGAAGAGUACUUGGAGGAGCUGUACGAGCCAAAGAAGAUAGAUGGGCACAUGUAG